AUGUCUCAGGAAGGAGCCGCCAAGCUGCGCCUGAAGCCCAGGAAGCCGCCGCCAGCCUGCGGCCGGGAGCCCAGCCCUGGCCGGGAGUCCCCCCGGCGGCGCCAGACAGCAGCUGACAGAUGUUCCUGGUUUGAGAAAGACGACUUAAAUGAGUGUGAAAAAACAUGGAUUUUGUUACUGAAAAACAUCAGUCAAGAUUUACAAUGCACAAAUUGGCGAACAGUGCCCAGUUUUCCAGAGUUCUUUGGAAAGAGUUCUGAGGAAGAGAGUCUACGAAAACAAGAAGUCUUUACAAUUGGAACGAAAGACUUUCAGUGGGUAUCAUUCCCAUCUUUUUGCAAAGAAAAACAUCUAAACCCAAAGGAUCUUAGCUUCCAUCAGCUAACACAGAGCCAAGCAGAUAAACUGAGAAGUUUACCUUCUACAGCUGAGAAAACAUGCUGUGCAACUAUUACAGAUCAAGCCAAAAAUAUGGUUGGGGAAGACACAAAAGGUAUUUCAAAACUGGAUGCAAGUCCUAAAUCACGUACACUCACUCAACACACAAGUUCUACACACCACUUGACAUUGUCGCAAAGCUCUCCAAAAGCUUUUAGCUUUCAACAGCGCUGCAGAGGGACCGUACAGAACAGCAGGGAAAACAGAAAAGAAAAUGAUAGGAAAGAGCUUCAAAUGCAAACACAUCAAGGGAAUAUUUCAUUUGGUGAGGCCAGAUAUGUGCCUGCAGAAAACAAACCUCCUCGCGCGAGCGUACCUGGAACUGAAAGCUGCAAGGAGAAGACCGAAAAUCAGAGUGAAGGAUCUUCAACUCUUGACAGUUGUCCAAUGUGUCUGAUUCAUUUUAGUGGAACACUGUCACAAUUGGAUAUUGAUGGCCAUCUUGCUAGAUGCCUGUCUGAAAGUGCAGAUGAUAUAAUGUGGUAAAUCCAGAAGAAUGAAGAGCAAAGGAACGAGGCCAAGGAUGAACCUUUCUCAAAGGAAAAGGAAAAAUGUGUCAAGGAAGCACGUCCUUGUCUCAAACUAGCUUAACUCUAUGAAGUCAAGUGCCACCUACCUGUUUGGGGGCUUUUAUUUUAAAUCCUCUCAAAUGCAUGUAAAAUAGUUCUAGUUCUGAAAAUGGUGCUAUAGGAUGUCCCAGAGUCCCCCAUGGAAGGCAGUCUUGGCACUCUUGGAAUCUGGGUACUUCUGAAAAAAAUGUACUAUUGUAAAUCACUGAAGAACCCGUUUUGUCUGAUGCACCAUAGUUGUUCUGAAUCUCUAAGUGUAAAAGAAAGCAGCUGAACAAAAGAGAACUAUUAUUUAAUCUAAUCCAGAAGUUUAUCGACCUCUUUUUUUCCUCUAAACAGGUAAUCUG